UAGAGAGUUGAAGACGGAAGUGUGAGCCUGCAGCCUGCAGCCUUGUCCUCAAGGCACUGCUGAGUGUUGCCUGCAUCUCCUCCUUCCCUCACCAAAUCUCACAAGGGCAGUGAACACAUUGCCAAAUCCCUUCCCCGGAAACCCCACAAUGCAACAAUAAUACCAUCCAAAAUGACCUCCCUAGGCGAAAUACCCCCAACCCACCGCAUCAACAUCUCACUCCCCCCUGCAGAGCGCUACUCCGCGCUCGCACGCCUCUACCGCCCCCAACUGCGCGCACUGACUUCACUCUUCGACGAGCUCGUCCUGGGCAUCUUCCCAGAAUCAUAUCUCCCGCGUAUAAAAUCGCUAGCGCGAUUGUUUCUGCGCCGGGUCCACGAUGGCGAAGAGACGAAGGAGCUGCGCGGGAUUGCCGACGCGACGGGCAUCGAGAUGUAUCUCGUCGUUGCGCUGAAUGUGCUCCUGGAUUUAUUGAUGGGGUGUACCAGUGGCGCUGCUUUGUUUUCGCCUUCUUCUUCGUCAUCAUCACCAGCAGGGGAACAGGCGGAUGGAGAGGAGGAGGAAAAGAGAAUGCUCCACUUCCGAACCCUAGACUGGGACAUGCCGGCACUGCGCCAACUCAUCGUGAAACUGGAGUUCGUGGCCGACGACAGAGAGGAUAGCCCCGUGCUCGCGACAAACAUCACGUACGUGGGGUUUGUCGGCGUCCUUACCGGAAUCCGGCAAGGGCUCAGUGUCUCGCUGAACUUCCGGCCGAAUCAUGAUGCCAGUUCGUGGGUGAAGCAGGCCAAGUUUUAUGGCUCUCAUCUGCUUGUUCUUCUUGGGUUUAAGAGGUCGAUUGCUUCUGUGCUGAGGCAGGUGAUUAUUCCUUCGACAAUGGAAAAGCAGGGCCGGUUCACCUGGUUGCAUCCUCAAGGCAAACAAGAGGCCGCGCACCAGCUCUCUCUAUCUGAAGCAGUGUCGAGAAUCGUACGGACGCCGUCGACGGCUUGCUACCUAAUACUGUGCGAUGGGCGGGAGGCCCACGUGCUGGAGAAAGACUACAAGACAACGACAGUAGAAUCUAGCUCUUCGUUCAUUGUUGCUACAAACAGUGACCGCGGUGCGGACCCGCAGGACUUUGAUCCUUCCACGCAGCAAGAACACCGAGGUGCUUCGCUGACAACCGGUGAGCCAAUCGCCAUGGCCAAUCUUAUCAAAGAUAGCAUCGAGCGGCGGGCAUGUAUGCAGGCGCAUUGGGAUAGAAAAGUCACGGAGGCGAGACAGGCCUCCCGGCGUGCGUUGCAAGUCACACAAGCUCGGAAGGAUCCGUUGAGAAGAACCCGGUCUUCGCAGAGACAAACCACGACUGUCUCUCCCUCGGCAGCUGUAGCAACGGCUGCGUCCGAUGAUGUCCUACCCGACGCGGAGGUCACAGCGACGCUAGAUGAAAUCGUAGGCUGGACAACGCAGUUCCCAACUACGAAUGAAAUGACGCAUUUUUCAGCGGUGAUGGAUCCUGUCAAGGGAACCGUUGCCUGGGUUCGACGGUACCCCGACCCUUUGGAGGGUGAGUGGGAGCUGUCUGGUUUAGAUUAAUUGAGCAGAACUAUUGAGUGAUUAUAUAGCUCCCCGGUAGAGUUCCUGGUGGCUGUUGAUAUAUUCGUAACAUCGUACAUGAUAGAGUAUAUAAAUAUCAAUAUA